AUGGAGAAAAUGGAACACGCGGUGACCGGCGGCAACGAGCAGCAGGAGCAGGUGCGGCCACCGCCGCCGCCGCCGCAGAGGGUAAGGGUGUUCCCCUGCCGCUUCCGCAAUAAGAUGUUCUUGAGCCCGCGCGCCAUGGGCGGCCACCAUAACGCGCAUAGGCGGGAGCGCCAAGCGGCCGGGCCGUCCCACAGCCACAAGCUGGUCGCGGUCGGGCAAGAGAACCUCCACGACGUGGUCGUGCUUGGCCCGUCGCCGCCACUCGUCUACGAGGGUGAGGAGGCGCUCAGCUCCUCGACGUCGCGGCCGGAGCCGGAGCCUGCUAGCUCGGACGACAUGGACUUGAGCCUUAGGCUGUGA